GAUCAGCUGAUGGUGGAGGAGCUGCUAGAGCGGUGAGCCAUCUUCCCCCGGCAGGCAGACUGAUCCACACUAACAGAGCCUGGACGAAAGGGAUACGAGAAAUCAUCUGGGAAUCCCGUUGUCAUUUGGAGGCAGAGACGAUUAUAAGACGCCAGCACAACCGGUGUCAGUCGGGAGGAACCCUAACUUAUCUGAAGGACUCACCGGGAUUUCUGCACCAGAGCUGACUGAGGAAUAUACCAGCCUUACCGAGAGAGGAGGCUCUUAAACUAAUACAAAGAAAGGAAAACAUUGAGCUAGGAGGGGGGGGGGGGGGUAUUUUCGAGAUGUAAACCGUAUGUAACGUAGGAAAAUGCAAAAGUCCUGAAAAGGUGCGGUCGAAAUAAGCAUGUAACGUUAGUCCUUACAGAACGAUAAAUGUAAAUCAUCAAUAGUAAAUGUAAACAAACAGCUAAGUUAUUCAAGCUAGCUGAAGUUAGCCGUUUGGGGGGUUAGCUUGCUAGUGCUAAUACAUAUAACGUUAGCUAAUGAAAGGUAGUUGUACCGAAACAGAAGGAAUGUGAACAAACCUGUCGUUGGGUUCAAAACCAAAUUUAACCUCAAUAUAGUCGUCGGCAGCAGAUGACAGCUGUUUGUGUUAACUCACUAUGUAGUUAUUUGCGUAAUUAGCCUUUCAGCUAACGUUGCUAAAUGUUACUUGCAUUAGCAAUCCAACAUGACUACAUUUAACUAACACACUAAAUACAGAACAAACAAGACACUUGGCAAUACCAACGCUAACGUAACGUAUGUUUUUGGACAUCGACUCGUUUAAAAUAUUUUGCGAUGAAAGUGAUCGAGCACUUUCGGGACUGUUGUAACAGUUAACGUUACAAUUGAUGGCUCAGAUAUCCAUUGUAGUCCAGUUGAUUGGCAGAGAAGACGAGGACGCCGGGAUGAAGGAAAACAACUUGAUGACUUCUUAAAGAUUAUAUCACAUUGCGAGCCUCUUGCCAGCGUUGUUGUAACUCCAUAUGGUGUAUUAUCGUACUUAGCCUCAUAGUGGGCUUUGCAUUUUCAGCUUUGCAUUGAAAACUCCUAGUUCUGCUAGACAGUAACCAUACUUUUGGCUCGUUUGUCCUCUCAGCGGCAGCAGUCGACAAUAGUACACUCAAAUAGAGACAGGGCCUUCUGUUAAAAGAGAGCCAACUUUCAGCCAGGCAGCAUGGAGUGAAUUAUUUCAUCGAUCUAAAUGACUAAUAGUUUAAUUUGAAUAUAUAGCCUGAGUGACCAGCUCUAAAUAUGGGAGAAGCGACGUAAAGAUACUUUUUAAAUGUAGUUUUGCCGUGUAUAUAUAUGUUGCAACAGGCUAUUUAAAGGAACCCACCGCAUUGUCAGCUAGUAUUAUGUAGCUGUAUGUGAGGGCCCAGCGGUAAGCCUCUCAGCUGUGUUUUGGUUACUAGUGGCCUCCCCUCCCCCAGUCUUGAGUCUUGAUUCUCCCCGAGUGUUGGACUCUGUCCGCAGAGUUUCCCCUUGAUUUUUAGACUGUAGAAAGGCCGUGGCCCCAAGUUGCAGUCCCCUGGACUUCAAGGCAUUUAAAAAGUGGAUGUAAUGGAACUGAUGUUCGCCGAGUGGGAGGAUGGGGAGAGGUUCUCCUUCGAAGACUCGGACCGGUUCGAGGAAGACUCUCUGUGCUCCUUCAUUUCAGAGGCCGAGAGCCUCUGUCAAAACUGGAGGGGAUGGAGGAAGCAGUCCGCUGGACCCAACUCCCCUACGGUCAAGAUUAAAGAUGGUCAGGUGAUUCCACUGGUGGAGCUGUCAGCGAAACAGGUAGCGUUCCACAUCCCGUUUGAGGUGGUGGAAAAGGUCUACCCGCCUGUCCCAGAACAACUCCAGCUCCGCAUCGCCUACUGGAGCUUCCCUGAGAAUGAGGAGGAUAUCAGGUUAUAUUCCUGCCUGGCUAAUGGGAGUCCAGAUGAAUUCCAACGUGGAGAACAGCUCUAUAGGAUCAGAGCGGUCAAAGACCCCCUGCAGAUCGGCUUCCAUCUCAGUGCUACGGUGGUGUCCAGUCAGGCCGGUCAGUCUAAAGGGGCCUACAAUGUAGCGGUCAUGUUUGAUCGUUGCCGCAUCACUUCCUGCAGCUGCACCUGUGGCGCUGGGGCCAAAUGGUGUGCCCAUGUGGUGGCACUCUGCCUCUUCAGGAUCCACAAUGCAUCAGCAGUGUGCUUGAGAGCCCCAGUCUCUGAGUCUUUGUCCAGGCUGCAGAGGGACCAGCUUCAAAAGUUCGCCCAGUAUCUCAUCAGUGAGCUGCCUCAGCAGAUCCUACCCACAGCUCAACGUCUGCUGGAUGAGCUACUGUCCUCUCAGUCCACUGCCAUUAACACCGUGUGUGGAGCUCCAGACCCGACAGCAGGCCCUUCGGCAUCUGACCAAAGCACCUGGUAUUUAGAUGAGUCUACCCUCAGCGACAACAUCAAAAAGACUCUGCACAAGUUCUGUGGGCCCUCACCUGUCGUCUUUAGUGAUGUAAACUCCAUGUACCUUUCGUCCACGGAGCCACCAGCCGCUGCUGAGUGGGCGUGCCUGCUGCGACCUCUGAGGGGCCGAGAGCCAGAAGGCAUCUGGAACCUCCUGUCCAUCGUCAGGGAGAUGUUCAAGAGACGAGACAGCAAUGCAGCCCCACUGCUUGAAAUUCUCACUGAGCAGUGCCUCACCUAUGAACAGAUCAUCAGCUGGUGGUACAGUGUACGGACCUCAGCGUCCCACAGCAGUGCCAGCGGCCACACCGGGCGCAGCAACGGCCAGUCAGAGGUGGCGGCUCAUGCCUGUGCCAGCAUGUGCGAUGAAAUGGUGGUGCUAUGGAGGCUGGCAGUGCUCGACCCCACUAUGAGCCCCUGCAGGCGUCUGGAACUGGCAGGACAGCUCAAGCAGUGGCACCUCAAAGUUAUAGAGAUAGUGAAGCGGGGACAGCAUCGCAAGUCCCUGGAUAAACUGUUCCAGGGCUUCAAGCCUGCUGUUGAGUCCUGCUAUUUCAACUGGGAAGUGGCCUACCCAUUGGAUGGCAUCACCUACUGCAGUGCUGAUAAGAAGAGUGCCACAUUCUGCUGGUCCAGGGCAGUGCAGCACCAGAGAGGAGUCAAAGCUGCUACAGGAGUGGGUGGGGAACCUCCUGAAGCAGGGGGAGCAGGUAGAGCUGAAGGAGGAGCUGGGGGAGAUUAUAAAGGAAGAGGAAGUGGUCACUCGUCUCAACAGGAGGUGGCAGUGCGACCCAAGGAGACCAUACUGACCAAGAGAAAGGGUCUGUCAGUGAGCGGAGGGGGAGGGAUGCUGGUUCGUCUGGCCGGGAGUGUUUCAUUGUCCUUGGAAGAUGGAGGAGGGAAGUGCAUGUAUAAAGGGCCAGGCUCCUCCUCUGGAGGGAAGCUGAAACUGACACAGGGAGGUGGGAAGGGGGCACCUGUGGGAGGCCCUGGAGCAAGUGGGUUAGGAGGGGGUAAGCAUAAUAGUGCCAAGCGAAGAACCAGCAGUGAGGACAGCUCCCUGGAGCCGGAUCUGGCAGAGCUCAGUCUGGAUGAUGGUUGCAGUCUGGCUCUGGGGGCUGAGGCCUCCAAUACAUUUGAGUUUCUCCCCCCGCCACCAGAGAUGCUGCCCUCCCCAAGCCCACUGCUCCGAGACUCACGCAAAUACAGCAACAGCAGCGGGGGUAGCAAGAUGUUUGAAACGAAGCGUGUCAGCCAUGCCUCAGCUGCACUUCCUGCUGCAGAGCCUGCUCCACCUUGCUUCCCUUCCAAAGAGACAGUGUUGGUUGUUAUGGACAUGCCCAGCACUGCAGAGAAGGAAGCAGCAGAGCUGGAGGUAGAGCCUGUCCAGAACAAAGAUGAAGAUGUAGACUCGGCUGGCAGCAACCAGCCUUCCACCUCAACGGCUACAGCAAGAUCAGGCACCACUCAAACAUCUGCAAAGCUACCGCGGGGCCAUAGAGAAGGGGUGUUUGCUGGAGCAGCAGCAGGGAGUGGGGCAGCAGCUGCAGGUGGACUAACUAACCAAGGAGCAGAGGCAGCAGGUGGAGUUGCAGAAGGAGAAGUUGUGGGUGAGGACGACUAUCAGGCAUACUACCUGAGUGCUGCCUCAGAGGAGGGAGCAGACAGACAGCUGACUGACAACCACCAGGAGGAGGAGCCAGACAUUUUUGCAGGGAUGAAACCGCUGGAGCAGGAGGGACGCAUGGAGGUGCUGUUUGCGUGUGCUGAGGCCCUCCAUGCUCAUGGCUACAGUAACGAGGCGUGCCGGCUGGCCGUGGAGCUGGCCAGAGACUUAUUAGCCAACCCUCCAGACCUGAAAGUGGAGCAGCCACCGACUAAGGGUAAGAAGAGCAAGGUGUCAACGAGCCGUCAGACACAGGUAGCCACCAAUACGCUGUCAAAAGCCGCCUUUCUCCUCACUGUUCUCAGUGAACGACUGGAGCUCCACAACCUGGCCUUCAGCACUGGCAUGUUCUCCCUGGAACUCCAAAGACCACCGGCAUCUACCAAAGCUCUGGAGGUGAAGCUGGCCUACCAGGAGUCAGAAGUGGUGGCUCUGUUGAAGAAGAUUCCUCUGGGCCUGGUGGAGAUGUCGGCUAUCAGAGAGAGAGCUGAGCAGCUCAGAGAUGGAAACUUCUGUGAUUAUAGACCUGUGCUGCCCCUCAUGUUGGCCAGUUUUAUCUUUGAUGUACUGUGUACGCCAGUUGUGUCCCCAACAGGUUCCCGUCCACCAAGCCGCAACCGUAACAAUGAGAUGCCUGGUGAUGAGGAGCUGGGCUUCGAGGCUGCUGUCGCUGCACUUGGUAUGAAGACCACAGUAAGUGAGGCGGAGCAUCCUCUGCUGUGUGAAGGAACUAGGCGGGUGAAAGGUGAUCUGGCUCUGGCUCUCAUGAUCACCUAUAAAGAUGACCAGAGCAAGCUAAAGAAGAUACUUGAUAAAUUGUUGGACAGGGAGAGUCAGACCCACAAGCCCCAGACUCUAAGCUCCUUCUACUCCAGCAAGCCAGCUGCUAGUAGCCAGCGCAGCCCAUCCAAACACACUGUUGCCAGCCACAGUGGGGUGAGCGGGGCCACCGGGGGUGUCUCCAAACAUGCCCCCACAUCUUCAUCUGUGACCACUGGGCCGCCCUCUUCCUCCGCAGUGACAGUGGCUGGUGAAGAGGUGGCUCAUCAGGCUGAACUGAACUCAGUGCAGAACAGUACAGCAGGAGAGAGUGCUGCUGAGAACAGGGAGCAUGUGUCAGAUGGACCUCCUUCAUCAAGUGACCAGCAGAAUGACACAGCUCCAUUUAAGCUGGAAUCCACAGUGCCAAGUCGGCUGGCGCUGGGGGCGCGCUGUGGAUACAGCCAGCGCUGCUGGGGCUCACCUGUCCGGCAGAAGAAGAAACACACGGGCAUGGCGAGUAUUGACAGCAGUGCCCCUGAGACAACUUCAGACAGUUCCCCUACCCUCAGCCGGCGGCCGCUCCGGGGUGGCUGGGCAGCAACAUCUUGGGGGCGGGGCCAGGACAGUGACAGCAUCAGCAGUUCAUCAUCUGAUUCACUCGGCUCCUCCUCCUCUAGUGGCUCUCGGAGGGCAGGUGGCGGGGCCAGGGCUAAGAACACCGACACCAGCAGGUACAAAGGACGACGUCCAGAGUGCCACGCCCCCCAUGUACCCAACCAGCCAUCAGAGGCAGCAGCCCAUUUUUACUUUGAGCUGGCCAAGACUGUGCUGAUCAAAGCCGGAGGAAACUCCUCCACCUCCAUUUUCACCCAGCCGUCAGCCAGUGGGGGACACCAAGGGCCCCACAGAAACCUGCACCUCUGUGCCUUUGAGAUUGGCCUCUAUGCUCUUGGCCUUCACAAUUUUGUCUCACCCAACUGGCUAUCUAGGACCUACUCCUCCCAUGUGUCGUGGAUCACUGGUCAGGCCAUGGAGAUUGGCAGUGCUGCCCUCAACAUUUUGGUGGAGUGUUGGGACGGUCACCUCACUCCUCCAGAGGUGGCAUCCCUUGCUGACCGAGCAUCACGAGCCAGGGACCCCAACAUGGUACGGGCAGCAGCAGAGCUGGCCCUGAGCUGUCUGCCCCACGCUCAUGCGCUCAAUCCUAAUGAAAUCCAGAGAGCCCUAGUGCAGUGCAAAGAGCAGGAUAAUGUGAUGCUUGAGAAGGCCUGCAUGGCAGUUGAGGAAGCAGCCAAGGGUGGAGGUGUGUACCCUGAGGUUCUGUUUGAGGUGGCUCACCAGUGGUAUUGGCUGUAUGAGCAGUCAGUAGGCGGGGGUGCAAGCCAGCAGCGGGAGACUUCUGGGCGCUGUGGGGCCAACGGGGGCUCAGGCAGGAGGGCCCCAGAGUCCAGCUGUGUUGUCCUUGACACAGGAGCCAAUAUGGAGUCUACAGGGGUGGCAACAGUCACAGCCUCAGUCACUGCAGCAGCCGUUGUACCUGUCAUCUCUGUGGGCUCCACCAUCUACCAGUCCCAUGCCAUGCCCGGGCAGGCCAUGGCUCACCCCCACAGCCAGGGCCUCCACCCCUACACCACCAUUCAGGCUCAUCUCCCAACUGUCUGCACCCCCCAGUACCUUGGACACCCUCUGCAGCAUGUUCCCCGACCCACUGUCUUCCCUGUAGCUGGGGCUGCGUAUCCACAGGGAAUGCACCCGGCCUUUAUUGGUGCCCAGUACCCGUUCUCAGUGGCCACUGGCCCCCAGCCACCUAUGGCAGCCACAGCUGUGACCUUCCCUGGUGUCCCCGUCCCAUCCAUGACUCAGAUUGCCGUCCAUCCCUACCAUGCUGAGACUGGCCUGCCCCUCAGCACUACUGUAGCAGUAGGCAGCGUCCACUCGGGCCCCACCAUGCAGGCCAUACAGGGAGCAUCUCUGCCCUCCCUUUCCUCCCAGCCCAGCUCAUUGGUCAACACUCCUUUCCCAGCAGAGGACGAGCAGCAUAGCCAGCCAAUCAGCCAACAGGGCCUGCACUACCUGCACUCUGCCUACAGAGUUGGCAUGCUGGCAUUAGAGAUGCUGGGCAGGAGGGCUCACAAUGACCACCCAAACAACUUCUCCAGGAGCCCACCUUACACGGAGGAUGUCAAAUGGCUGCUGGGACUGGCUGCGAGGCUAGGAGUCAACUAUGUUUACCAGUUCUGUGUCGGAGCAGCAAAAGGUGUCCUCAGUCCAUUCGUCCUUCAGGAAAUCAUCAUGGAGGCUCUGCAGAGGCUGAACCCCGCUCAUAUCCAUGCCCACCUUCGAACACCUGCUUUCCACCAGCUCGUCCAGCGCUGCCAACAGGCCUACCUGCAGUAUAUCCACCACCGGCUCAUCCACCUGACGCCUGCCGACUAUGAUGACUUUGUCAACAUCAUUCGCAGCGCUCGAGGUGCUUUCUGCUUGACGCCCGUGGGUAUGAUGCAGUUUAACGAUGUGCUUCAGAACCUGAAGAGAGGCAAGCAGACCAAGGAGCUGUGGCAGCGCAUCUCCCUGGAGAUGGCAACCUUCUCCCCCUGAGCAGCAUGCUCAUGGGGAGAGUGUGCUGGGCCUGGGCUUGAGGUGUCCCAUCCAGCGCCCACUCAGCUUCCGACAUUGUCACUGCCACUGCACUGAGUGGGCAACGUUUAUGCUGUCAGGGAUCCUGCUCUCUGCUACGUGGACUCAAACAAAUACAGCACACAGGCAGUACAAUCAGCUCCCAUACCCCUGACCCACAGAGACUUUGUUUUUUUAUCUGUGUUUGUCCACCCAGAGCUCAGAGGAGGAGCCAGGUCACCUUCCUGCUCUCCUCUGUUGUUGACUGACUCCUCACUUGCGUUUUAUCAUGGUUCAUGUUUGUGUAAUUGUGGAAUUAAUGUGUACUCCUUCUAUCUUCAUCUAACUGGCCUCUUCCAUUUCCCUUAAGCUGAAGAUAUUGACUGGUAUCUCUCACCCUCCAUCCUCACUUCAUUUCCAGUAUUUUUUAGUUUUGUUAAGCUUUCUUUUGAUUGAAACCACUGAGUAUGGUUCAUUUUCAUGCUGCAACAUUCCUGUCCAGAGUGGUAUGUGUUGUGAGGCCUCUUUCACCAAAAGCUUGUCACUAUGGAUCUGAAUCUUUGCAGUGUGGAUGAAAGGGAAGAUUUGCAAGGAAAAGGGGUUUAAUAUGAGAAAUUAUAUUGUGAGUACGGGUGAGGAUUUUUCAGUAUUUUGUUUAAUCUUUUUUGAUACUUUGUAUAGAAUAUUACAUGUAUGCAGAGAGGAAUGGGAAGAGAAUGAGAGUAUGUGAAAAGUGCUGUUGUUGUUGUGUGGGAUCCAUAUUUACAUUUCAGCCUGCCUGAGGAGUGACAUGAAAACAGCUCCAGACCAAGCCAGAGGCCAACGAACUACUGCUGGGCCAAGCAGGGCCAGCAAGGGCUUACUAAGUGUCCAACAUGUGGAUCACUCUUAUAUUAUGAUUUGUCCAUAGGGCAAAUAUAUAAUUGGUAAGUGUUUUCAAAGACUGCAGUUGAGAUCUGAGCAGUUGGUUUACAAAAUAUAAAUUUUGAAUGGGAAGCAUCUGGGCUGUCCCAGAUGCACACAGUGGAUGAGACAGGAGCUGUGUCUCAUUUUUGGCCAUCUUUUUCAAACUCCAAUCUUCCAAACUGAAUAUAUGCUGGUGUAUUCAGUGCAGCUGAGAACUGCAUCUGCUUAGAUUUGGAGGCUCUUUGAGGUCUUUAGUAUCCCAAAAUGCACUGUGUGCAGCUCACUAGUCUCUGUGAAGCUUCAGCUGUGAUUUUGUGAUGUCACUCCAGUGACUCCUCCACAGACUGUUCUGCAUGGGGACAGUGCAGUUACUAGCUGACCUCCAAAGGUCACCUCUUUAGAAACCAUAACUUUAAAACAGUGGCCCCUGAAAUGAGACACAGCUGUGGUGUGGCUCUCUCUGCUUGGCUUAUCUGGGUAAUGCAGGAGUCCAAACACUCACCAAGACCUGUCAGAAAUCGGACAUGAGUAUGUUUGAGUGGCCCCACUGUUCAGCGUGGCUAGCUCACAGACAUAGUGCUGUUAUAUGCACCAUCUCUGUCCAGGCAGCUACUGUGGUUCUGAACCAGCCUCUCUGAUUGGCUCUGGACCUCACAGGUGAAGGUGACUUGGCAGAAAAUGUACUGUGAUAUUUUUGUAUUCCUCAAAAAGUGUAGCUUGAUUGAAAAUAUCUAUGUGCUGAUUGCAAAAGGUUCUAAUUUAGAGUGAAAAAAGGUAAAAGCAAUACUAAAAGUGUAGAGUUUACUUAAUAAAGAUAAUUCAAAAAACUAACUUUGUGUGACUCGUGUGGGAUUCAGUGAGAGCUUUUGCUCAUUUUACCUGUAUGGGUCAACAGGUGUAACUGCGCUCUGGUCCUGAGGCUGCCUGCACACCCUCAGCAGCGUCCACCAGAGAGAUUAGUGGGAUAUUUUAACAGAUCAUUAGUCAGUCAAGUCCUAAAUGGUUUUUCCCAGC